AUGCCAAACAUGAUCAUAACUAAUCGAAAAUCACCUGUAAAACAACAACGUAUAAAACAUUCACAUUCAAUACCUGUUGCCAAUUCAAAUAAUGGUCGUAUGAGAUCAACUAGUAGUAUGGCAUCAUCUUAUCCGAGAAUGUAUAAUAAUAAUAAUAAUAAUAAUAAUCAUCAUUAUCAAUAUAAUUAUUAUUCCAAUUCUACUUCACCAACUGCUAUGUCAGCUAGUUCAUUACCAGCUGUACCAUUAUUUUAUUCAAAUACAUAUGCUGAUCCACCGGAAUGUUCAUCAUUACCCAAACCACCUGAUUCAUGGUAUUUACCAUCAUCUUCAUCAAAUGUUGAUAAUUUACCGGUUAAAACUGAAGAAAAAGUAGAAGAAGAAGACGACAAUAAAGAUAGAGAAGUUGAAAAGGAAACUGAAAAAGAAAUCAUUACACCAAUCAAACAAAAACCCUUUAUAUCUUCUAUUCAACAACAAACGAAACAAAAUUUUCCACGUACAUGUUAUUAUAAAAAUAAUAAUCAAGGAUUUUAUAGUCCAUAUUAUUCAUCGAGAGCAACAUCAGCAUAUCAAAAAUUUCCAACACAAUAUGUUUCUGUUAAAGCUUAG